GGGACAUCAUAUGGGACAUACGACAAUCGUAUGAAACUAUUUGUAUUUGGAGACUCAUAUGUUGAUACAGGAAAUUACUUUACCUCACCAUCAUAUAAGCUUCCUUAUGGAAUCACUUUUCCUGGUAAACCUUCUGGAAGGUUCUCCGACGGUCGUGUCCUCACCGAUUACGUUGCUUCCUUUCUGAAUAUAAAAUCCCCUAGACCAUAUUCAUUGAAGAAAUCCUCAGAACUACAAUAUGGCAUGAACUUUGCCUAUGGAGGGACUGGUGUUUUCCAUACUUUGAUUGAUGGACCAAACAUGACUGUCCAAAUCGACACAUUUGAGAAGUUAAUCCAACAAAAUGUGUAUACCAAACCCGACCUUCAAUCCUCAAUUUCUCUCGUUAGUGCUGCUGGUAACGACUAUCUUAAAUUUUUUGUUAAAAAUGGGAGGAGCACCAAGGGUGUAUCCAAGUUCACUGCUUCACUUGUGAAGCAAUUGUCAUUAAAUCUUAAACGCAUUCAAAGUUUGGGAAUAAAUAAAAUAGCAAUUGUAUUAUUAGAGCCUAUAGGAUGUUUGCCUAUAGCAACUGAGAAUACUUCGUAUGAGAAAUGCAAUGGGACUUUGAACACGGUAGCCAUGAAUCACAAUCACUUGUUACUCCAAGCUGUGGAAGAACUCAACAAAGAAAUUGGAAAAUCGGUUUUCGUGACACUAGACCUCUUCAACUCUUUCCUCUCCACAAUUGCAUCAAUGCAGAGAAACCAUGAAGCAAACUCAACAUUGAUGAAUCCAUUGCAACCAUGUUGUGUGGGAGUGAGUUCAAGUUAUUAUUGUGGAAGUGUCGAUGAGAAAGGAGCAAAGAAAUAUAGUGUAUGUGAUAAACCAGGGCUUUCAUUCUAUUGGAACAAUUUCCAUCCUUCUCAAAAUGGUUGGCAUGCAGUUUACAAGAGGGUGCAAUCUUCUCUCCGCAAAAUUGAAGAUAAAAACCUCUAAUUCUUACCGAAUAUUGUAUUGUUUUAGUAAAACCUGAAAUUUCAGUGUGCGCAAACUACCCAAUAAAGAAUAACGUUAGAAACA